CCAUGAUCCCUACAAGACACAGAGGAGAUCUUUUGCGCCCCUCCUCUUCCACCUUUUUCUGCCCGAACCUCCUCUUACUUUCCUUGUAAUUCUCCUACACCUGCCCUACCUUCCUGACAGAAAAGACCCGUCUCUAUUUCGCGCAAAGUCAUAAUUUUUGUCUGCUCGAACGCUCCGCUCCAUCUUAGUGCUUUGGAUUUUCGCCUCUGUAUUAUCUAGGAAAUUUGGACCCGACAAUAUGGCCGACACCACAGAACAAUCGCCAGCUACGGGUAUGCAAACUGCGGGUGCAUUUUGGAGCACUGAAAGAAAAUAGCUGCUAAUCAUAUUCCUGUGCUAGAUGCCACCUCCAAUGCUUCCGAAAUCGUUGAGAAGGGAGCUGCCGGCGAGGUCGAGGUCGAGGUCGAGGUCGCAACAAAUAGCGAAGAGGGAGCAGAGGCAGAUGGAGGGGAUCAAAAUACCGAGAGUAAGUCGGGUGCAGUCUGGUGCUUGAGCUCUGCGGGGCUUGAUGUGCACCUUGGGUCAUUUUGUGCUAACUUUAUCCAUAAGCUAUCUUCCAAUUGACAGUGCAUCUGCCAUACGACCCCAAGGAAAUUCAGAUUAUGGUAUGGCCAUCCCAAGCUCCCUUUUCAGCAACACUUCUAACAGACACAGGUAUCCAACCAAGAAUCGAUCCAUGACGUACGGCAAUCGGUUAUCGAACUCCCUGGCACCUUCCAAUACUCCUGCUUCCAUCUAGAACACGAGGGAAAGAGAGUCAACGACUUUUUACAGAUAUCCGAAGUCAGCGAUCUGACGGAAAAGCCCCACCUUACCUUGGUUCAAGACCCAUAUACGGAAAAGGAAGCCAGACUCCAUGUUGUUAGAAUUCGAGAGAUCAUUGGAGCUGCAGGAAACCGAACAGAUACUCUUACUGGUAUAACAUCGGGUUCUUCGCUUUUUGACUCGGUCAAUUCAGCAGCACAAGCUUCCAGCGCUGCGGCUUCACCUGAAGACUCUGGAGUUGCAGAAUACGACUUUUCAAGCCAGGGCUCCAUAAAUACGCUCCUCCCAAAAGCUCAAGAGGCACCUCCCAAGACCGUCAAGUCCAUUUCAGUAUCGCCCUGGAACCCUCCUCCAUACCAUCUUCGACAGAAAGGCCACCUCAUUUAUCUUUUGCUUACCACCAACGAGGGUGAGCAAUUCAACAUCACUUCACACGUCUCUGGAUUUUAUGUGAACAAGUCUUCAAAUGGCAAAUUCGAUCCUAUGCCGCGCCCCGCACCAAAGGCUGCGUCCGCGCAUUCGCUGUUAACAUUAAUCAGUGAAUUGUCCCCAUCUUUUGACACUUCUUUUAAAUCACUGCUAGAAGUUUCCAACACCAGAGAGCCUUUAGCUACCUUCCAAAUUACCAAUGCCACGCCUUCGAGUCCUUGGAUAGUGCCCAGCACAGCCUCGCCACUUGUUACUCACCAAUCUGAUAUCACCCGUACUCAGGAGAGUUUUCUUAUCUCUGGCAUUGAAAACACCGACACGUUGCGUGACUGGAACGAAGAAUUCCAAUCAACACGAGAAUUGCCAAAAGAGAAUGUACACGACCGUGUCUUCCGUGAGCGCCUGACAUCCAAGCUUUUUGCUGACUACAACGAUACUGCUGCUAGGGGUGCUAUACUUGUUGCGCGGGGCGAGGUCGCACCAUUAAACCCCACCGAAGACAGAGAUGCUCAAAUCUUCGUGUACAACAAUGUGUUCUUUUCCUUCGGCGCCGAUGGUGUUGGUACAUUUGCAUCAGAAGGUGGGGAUGAGGCCGCACGAGUCGCUACUGGUAAGGAUGUUAUGGGUGUUCGUAUGGUCAAUCAAUUGGAUAUUGAUGGACUUUUCACUCCUGGCACCGUGGUGGUUGACUAUUUGGGCAAGCGUCUUGUUGGCCAAAGCAUCGUUCCGGGAAUCUUCAAACAGCGUGACCCAGGAGAGAACCAAAUCGAUUACGGUGCAGUGGACGGAAAAGAUGUUGUUGCAGACAAUGAGAAAUUCGCUGUCCCGUUUGCGAAGCUGUCCCAGGCCUUGAAAGUCAAGAAGCACGCUGUUUGGGACAAAGAUGGAAAGCGUCAUGAACUGGAAGGUAGCGUAGAAACCAAGGGACUUCUUGGUACCGAUGGACGUAAGUAUGUAUUGGACUUGUACAGAGUCACGCCACUCGACAUAUCGUGGAUGGAAGAAUUUGGUACCGCAAUCGGUGGCUCAGAAUCCAAAGAGGUCGCAAGUGAAAGCGCGUAUCCUCACAGAAUGACUGUAUUGAGACCCGAGCUUAUUGAGAACUAUUGGAAGAUCAAGAUGCGGGAAUGGGUUAACGCCGAGUUAGCUUCAAGGAGACAGAAGGAUGGCUCAGACGAAGUCAAGGCGGUAGAUGAUAAACCAGCCGACGAAUCUAACCCCGAAUCAGAGGAGCCUGCCGCCGACGCUAAAGAGGGAGAAGAAACAGCUGUUGAGGCCAAACCCGCUGAAGAUAAGGAUAGAAUCGAUGUUGGUGACUUCAAAUUUACUUUCAACCCUGAUGCAUUCAGUGGCCAGGUUCCUCAAACAGACGCCGAAAAGAAGGAGAUGGAGCAAGAUGAGGAAGAUGUCAGACUGGCAUGUAAGUUUCUUCGUGAUACCGCUAUCCCCGAACUUAUCAACGAUUUGAAAGAGGGCGAUGUAGGAUAUCCUAUGGAUGGUCAGUCAUUCACUCGAUUACUACACAAGCGUGGUAUCAACGUUAGGUACCUUGGCAAAAUCGCACAACUGGCAGAAGGCAAGAAACUUGAGUCUGUGCGAAAUCUUGCAGUUCAGGAAAUGGUAUCCCGAGCAUUCAAGCAUAUCGCUGGCAAAUAUCUUAGAUACUUGCCAAUUCCGCUCACCAGCUCGUGCAUCGCUCAUUUGCUUAAUUGUCUCCUCGGAACAGGUCUCAAUGAGAAGCCAAAGGCUGAAGUUGAUGCAAGCCUUGCUUCCUUGUACAAAGAAGCGGACUUGUCGUUCAAGAUGGUUACCCCAGAAAGCCUGAAGAAAGAAAUUGAGAACCAAAUCCUUCGCCGCUUUCAAUUUACUGUUGAAGCCACAUGGUCUUCCAAUAUCAAGCACCUUCAACUGCUUCGAGAGGUUUCUUUAAAGCUUGGCUUGCAACUCGAGGGGAAAAGUUAUCGUUUCUCUUCCGAACAGAAAGUUGACGAACAGGCUGCACUUUCAGCUACAAACGGUUCCUCAGUGCCAGAAGAGAAUGGCAUUAACGGACAUAGCACAAGCAGCAAGAAGAAGAAGAAGAACCGUGAUACAUCCGCUGUGAUUCCUCAAGUGGCGGUUAUUCCACACACCUUUGUGCCCGAUGACAUUCUCAACGUUGUGCCAAUUAUCAAAGAAGCAUCGCCAAGAAGUUCAUUGGCAGAAGAAGCGCUUGAGGCCGGUCGGAUCUCGAUCUUACAAGGUCAAAAGAAGCUUGGCCAAGAGUUAUUAUUGGAGUCGCUAUCUUUGCACGAACAGAUCUAUGGUAUCAUUCACCCCGAGGUUGCUCGAGUGUACAACACAUUGUCAAUGUUAUACUACCAACUAGACGAAAAGGAGGCAGCUGUCGAGCUUGCACGCAAAGCUGUAAUUGUCUCGGAGAGAACUCUUGGUGUUGAUAAUGCCGAGACUCUUUUGAGCUACCUCAACCUUGGAUUAUUCUGUCACGGGCUAGGAGACUCCAAGCUUGCUCUCAGUUACGUCAGACACGCUUUGGAGCUUUGGAAGGUCGUUUAUGGCCCUCACCACCCAGAUUCUAUUACGACACUCAACAAUGCCUCUGUCAUGCUACAGCAUCUGAAGGAUUACCACCAAUCCCGCCUUUGGUUCGAAGCAACACUCAAGGUAUGUGAGGAAAUAUAUGGCAAAACCUCGGUCAAUGCAGCCACGCUUCUAUUCCAACUUGCCCAAGCUUUGGCACUGGAUCAGGAACCAAAGGGUGCGGUCAAUUGCAUGCGCGAGUCCUACAAUAUCUUCAAGACAGAACUUGGUGCCGAAGACAAGAAUACCAAAGAGGCCGAAAGCUGGCUCGAGCAGUUGACCCUAAAUGCUGUCUCCAUCGCUAAACAUGCCAAGGAUGUUGCGAGCCGUCGCAUUCGUGUUGGCAUGAGACCAACCAUUGGACAAACUCGUCCUCAACCUCAAGUAGGCCAAACCCCGGCAGCAGCAUCAGGAGCAGAGCCAGCGAGACGUCUCGAUUCUCGAACCAUCGAAGAACUCGUUAAAUUUAUCGAGGGUACCGACCAGCAAGCCAAAGCUAAGAAGCGACAAGGUCGAAGUAACCCAAAACGACGUGGCGGAUCUACCGUUGCCGCAUAAACCACUCUUCUCGACCUUCAUUGUAUAAUAUUCUGGGCAUUAGGGAGGAUUGAAUUAGAUCUACGACGGUAGUGAUAAAUGGAUGAUUACACGAAGGCUGGCAGCAUUUCACAGGCGUAUAAAAAUCAAUGAGGCACUCAGCUCAAACACCCAGGAUCAUAAUUGUGGGGCAUCUUCUGGUGCUGAAAAUUUUCCUAUGGUGCACAUGGCAUUUUCUCCCUCUAAAAUAGUUUGAUUUUAGUGUCGCAUUUGCUGGUGUUCGGGGUUUGUAUUUGCGGUAGAGUAAAUGGACAGAACGGUGGAUAUCUGAUUGUUUUAUUCGGAAAAAUCAACAUGUUCUCUUCUUUUUACUCGCUAUCAAAGGCGUUGUCAGGUGGUAUCUUAUGCAAUUUGUAUUUACGCUUUUGCAUAGGAGAUAGCUGCCUUUGUAAUAUAGGAAAUGAAUGGUGGGCGAUGAGGUUCGUUGGGACGGACUUGUAGAAUAGUGAAGACAAUCUUCCC